AUGAACCAGGAUCUGGCACCGAUGCAUCCGUUUACCUUAAGGUUUAUUACGAGUCAGCUCACGACUACGAAACAUUCAAUCUGGACAAUCCAGGCAGGGACGACUUCGAACGAGGAGCAAAAGAUCAUUUCAAACUAUUUUUCAAGCAAGGUGAUAUCAUAA